UCGAACUUCCCCGCGGUACGCAGUUCUCCACUUCACAUAACGGUACCUACGAGCGAACAGGUGGGAAGCGGAUAAACACGGUUCUCGUGCGUGCAUGCAGCAAUCCCGGGAACACUCUUCUAGGCCUAACUGUUUUCUUCUCCUCCACCCUCCUCUACCUAUUCGCGGCGGUAAACAACAGCGUGGUGGUGGUGGUUGUGGUGGUUCAUCGUCUGCUGCAGCAUCGAAUCGCGAGUGGAUUAAUAAUAUUUUGUUGCUUCAACAGCAAUGGCGUAUGGACAGGUUAGAUGAUUGUUGGACUUGUGCUUACUAUCAACUUCCACCGAAAGAACAGCAACAAUCGUAGCAGCGUGUCUGUCGUCUGCCCGCUAGUUCUUUGCGCGGCGGGCUGUGUACGUUUUCCAUUUGGAAGAAAAUUAAGGGAUUGACAAGUGCUUCGCAAGAUUCGGAUGGUGCUUCAAAUGUCUUGGUGUACUACCAGCUUCGGCAAAGUGGAGGUGGCGCAGCCCCAAACGUCCACGGGUUCCAUUAAAGCUCAGAUAGAAAUUAUUCCCUGCAAAGUCUGUGGAGACAAGUCAUCUGGCGUUCACUACGGAGUAAUAACCUGUGAAGGCUGUAAGGGUUUCUUUCGAAGAAGUCAGUCGAGUGUUGUAAAUUACCAAUGUCCCAGACAGAAAAACUGUGUUGUAGAUAGGGUGAACAGGAACAGAUGCCAGUAUUGCAGGUUACAAAAAUGUCUUGCUCUUGGAAUGUCAAGGGAUGCUGUCAAGUUCGGUCGAAUGUCAAAAAAACAGCGAGAAAAAGUAGAAGACGAAGUUCGGUUUCAUCGAGCGCAACUAGUCCGUCCUCAAGGUACGGCACCGUCCCACUCGACGCCACAGCCCACAGAGACUUCUCCAGACAGUUCUGUUUUCGACCAUCAGCAGCAGCCGUCCUCAUCCAAUCAGCAUGUCUCCUACAUCAACAGCGGGUACAAUUAUAAUGGUGAUCUUAACACAUUUACCACAAAUGGUUACACGUACACACCCCAAGCAAUACAGUUUGAUCUCGGCAGCACUGAUUUUGUUGACAGCACAACAUUUGACCAGCAGCAGCAGCUAGAACCAAUACCUGAUGCAAGCAGUCUUCUCAUAGCAGUUGUUCCACCUGGGCCUAUGACAACAAAUUCUCAUUUAGAACUCUUGACAAAGACACUAACUGAGGCGCACACAAGAACAUGUCUCUAUACCACAGAGCAGGUUGCUGAAAUCAUGAGGAAGCCCCAUGAUGUCACUUCCAUACUCUGCUAUAAAGGCAUGGAUCAUGAGCAGAUGUGGUUAGAUUGUGCUCAGAAGCUUACAAACAUCAUUCAACAAAUCAUAGAAUUUGCCAAAAUGGUCCCAGGCUUCAUGAAACUUUCACAAGAUGACCAGAUAUUAUUACUCAAAGCAGGAAGUUUCGAGAUGAGUGUACUAAGGAUGAGUAGGUACCUGGAUACUUUAACUGGUUAUGUAAUGUAUGGUGAAAUUAUGAUCCCAUCUGAAGCUUUCAGCACAACAGAAACAUCAGAAUUGAAGCUGGUUAAUAACACAUUCGAAAUGGCAAAAAGCAUAGCCGAACUGAAAUUGACCGAAUCAGAGUUGGCUCUAUACUCUGCCUCUGUCUUACUUUCACCAGACCGUCCGGGACUCAAAAGUGUCUUAGAUGUGCAGACUCUUAAUCAAGCAAUUCUCAAAGCCUUAAAAUAUGAACUUGAUCAGACCCACAAACUUCCAUACAAAGGUGAUGUGAGGGCAUUUGAUAUACUUAUGGCAAAGUUAACGGACUUAAGAGAUUUAAGUGCCCUGCAUAUGGAGACAUUGGCCAAGUUCAGGUGUUCGGCGCCGCAUCUCGAUUUCCCGGCCCUCCACAAAGAACUGUUUUCCAUCGACAUGUAAUCAUUGAAAUCAUCUUUUCAUCAAACACUGCAGUGCCAGAAUUUAAAGUAUUAACGAUGGCACCACCAAACUGGCUGGUGCCAGUUUCUUUCACAUUGCUACUGAUAUGUGGCAUAUGUACUUUUUUUCUGUCACUAUGACUGGAGUCGAUGGCCUCCAGUGUAAAGUUCAAAAGACUUUUGUGCAUUUUCAGAUGUUCUCAAUGGCACACAUUAUUAUAGAGAAAUUUAAUAUAUUAUGUUUUAAAAAACAUUUGAAAUGUAAAGCUACGAAGUUAUUAUGAAAUCAUUCAUUUGUUAUUUGUGAGUACAUUACUUAGGUUUGAUUGCCUUCAUGACAGAUGACCGCAUCGUAGACUUUGAUUGCUCGUUACCUGAUUUUUGACCGGUGAACUGUGGUAUGUAAUACCAAGAGCUUUUCUAUCAAACGAUGCAGGCCAUUCCUGAGUUUGAAUAUAAUAAUUUGCAUCCUACAUUCUUAUAUGUCAUUAAAUCAUUUCAAGAAGUUUUAUGAUAGAAGAGAAAUUUUAUUUAAAGGAGCAAUAAAUGUGAUAAGAAGUGAAGUGGGAAACUGUGUGGCUCCAAGCCGGACAAUUUGUUGAAAAUAGCUUAUGGUGUCGGUUUAUUGCUGUCGACUAAAUGUUUUGUACAAAAAAUAGAAACCAGGGAUUUAUAUUUCAGAAGCAGUUAUUUGUUAUGAAAUCAUUUUUAUUAACUUGCAUCGAAUGAGAAGAGAUUUCUUACUGCCAAUUUUGUGCUUGUUUUUGGUUGGUGAUCGGUAGUUUUUAUAGUAGAUACUUUUUGGCUCACUUAUUUAUAUUGCACAUUUAAUGUUUUUUAAUGUUUAUUUCUGUUUCGCGUAGACUGUCACAAUAAACUGAAUUUGUAAGAUGUCCAAGUCAAGUCCAGUGGAAGGUUUCUUCAAUUUAUGAGAGAAGAAAAUGGCAGUAGAACAAUAUUUUUUAGCUCUCUGGCUUUGUACAAAUUAUUUUAUUAUACAUGAUUAACAUCUAUAUGUACAGAGCAAUGUCUUAGGUUAAAAAUGUUUCCUAUUUUACAUCCUAAUCUAUUACUGUCUCUUUGUGUAUACAUUUUUAUAAGAUAAAUACAAAUUAAAGAUUGUGUCUCCUUCAGAAAAUAUCAUUUUUAUGCACUUAGUCGUACUUAAAUCCAUAUUGUAAAUAGAUACAUAAUAAAAAUAUAUUAAAUGAAUUUAUUAUAUGAAAUAAGAGUUCAUAAUUAUAGCUACAUAUGUGAAAGUGCAAUAUGAAAAAUGGCCUUCUUUAAUAAUACCAAUUUUAAUGCUAAAUUCUUUUUAAUUAGAUAAAGAUUUCAUAAUCUGAUGACGAAUUUAUGUUUUUUACUGCUUCAAAAUGGCAAUGAUUUUAAUACAUCUAUCUUUAGUUCUAUUCAUAUUUUUAUAUAUUGUUUUAUUAUAUAUGACUACAGGAAAUAAAAGAUCUACCUCAAUUAUUACAUAGUUACAUCUUUUUUUAAAAAAUAUUUCUGGAAAAUUUACUUUUAAAAUUUUUACAUUGAAAUUUAAAAUAUGAAUUUAAAAAUUAGAAAAUAUUUAGAACAGUCUCAAAAACAAUUUUAAAUUGAGAUUAAAAACAUAAAUUAGAAAUGUAUAUGUAUACAAAGUGACUGUAUUCUCUCUCUCUUUGGGCCAAAAAAAUUUGCAUUUUUGCUGCAAUAAAAUAUUAUAAAAUGUAUUAUAAAAUAGUUUAUUCAAGUGAAAUUUAUCUCUGUAAAAUUUUAUUACACAAAUUUUGUUAGUAUUUUUUUCAGCUACAUUUAUCAGAGUUCUGAAUUUAUUAGUAUUUUUUUCAGCUACAUUUAUCAGAGUUCUGAAUUUAUUUCUUUUUCAGCAAUAAAAAACAGCCGACUAUAAAUGAAUAUGUUCUUAUUAUUCCAAAUGAUAUAAUUGAUUUGAGCUAUGGGCAGAAAUCAUAUUUAUAUUUAAUCAUUGGUCAUUCAUAAGUCAAGUAUAGUUUUUCUAAAGAAAAUAAUCAGUUUUACAUAAAUAAUAAUUCCUUACCGGAAAAUAAGAUUUUUUUUCAAGUAGUCAGUAUAGAUUAAUUAAUAUCAAGUAGUCAUUAUGGAUUUUUAUUAGUUUGAACAUCUUAGUAAAACCAGUCAUCUGCUUGAAUUUUAAUGUGAUUACUUUAUAUAAUUAUUUUAGGUAAUGCAUUUGAAAUUUAAAAAAUAAUUAAUCAUUUAAAAAUUUCUUAAAAUUUUCCGUUAUACUGCUGUAUUUAAAUGAAUGGUCUUUGAAGCAACAUGUAUUGGAUAUGUUCACUAAUAUUUAUCUCAUUUUUUACAGACUUAUGUUACAUGUUUGCAUGUUUUACAGGUAUUAAGAAUUUUACUUUCAGACAUAUGCCAUAUGUCUAAUCCAUAUGAAAAAAAAUUAUAAUUGUGUAAAAAAAUCAAACUAGUUAUUUUGCAAUGAAUACAACCAGAUGUUACGUAAUUUGUCCAGAAUCAUAAAAUGUCAUUAUGGAUUAGUAAAUUUAGUCUAGACUUAUUAAACUUUUGGAGCGGUUUAUUAAGAAUUAUUUAACAGCCUCCAUGUAUUCAUCCAUCUUUGUAACAUUAAUUGUAAAAUUAAAAAAAUAAAUAAAAAAAAUUUUGGCCCUGGUCACUUUGUUAUAUACAUUUACUUUAUCAAUGAAAUUCUUUUAUAAUUGUAACAAAUAUUAAUUUAAUUACAAUAAAUAUUUUAAAUAUCUAGAAGGCUAUUUUUCCUUCCUCAGCUGAACUCUCAUGAGUAGUUUGACAGGGAGUGACUCAUUAAGUUAAUUUUGUCUGUCAUCAAAUUAUGCAAUGGCUGAAGAUUUCACUCAAGAUGAGGCUCAUGGUCACUGCCAACUAUGGAAAAUGAGUUGCUUAUCAUUAUUCUGUUAUUGAAAUGCAUCUAGUAUCUUACAAUUGUGAAAUUUGUGUAUUAAUGAAAUUUGGUUGUAUUGCAUUUUUUAGUUACUUUUUGCACACAGAAUUAUUAUAAAGGUCACAAUUUCAUGUUAGUGUUCUAAGAUUUUUACACUGUUAUAUUAUUAUGCCUUAAAGUUCCUGUGUUUUUGUAAUUUUUUAUUAUUUAAAUUUUGCUCUUUUAACAUCUCCCUUGUUAAUUUUUGUUUUAUUGAGCUGUAUGAUUAUUUUUAUAUUUCUUGUAAAAUAUGAAAUAUUUUUCUUAAAUUAUGCUCAAGACAUAUUUUAAAUUAUUAUAAAACAGGAAAGUGAGUUUACAUUAUUAAGAAAUUUACAAAAUGUUUUUUAUAAUAAAACAUUAUUUUUAAAACUUAAUAUACUUGGUUUCCAGUUAGUUCUUUAAUAUGUAAAUGUUUGUGAUCACAAAAUAUUUGUCUGUUGUUAUUUAUAUAUAAAUUUCAGUUUAAUACUUCAUGACUACUAUAGUAUGUCAUUUGUAGAGUUUAUUAUUGUUCAUAUGUCAUUAAUAGCAUCAUAAAGUGUUUUAAAAGAUCUAAAGUAGACUAUGAAAAUAAUUUCAACUGCCUUAAAUUUUUAUUCAGUAAAGAACAGCAAAAUCAUUUCAAAGUAUAGAGGCUUUAUUAGCCUUAAUUUUAGUACCAAAAUAUUAAAUUCUAUUUGUUGAGCUUCGUCUUGUUACAAUAUAUAUUGAAUUAAAGGUAGUCUAAUAUGACAUUGGGUGCGCCAUGUUGGAAGUUUGUAGCUGUUAAAGUUUACUUGAAUCACUAUGUGCCUGCUUGUUGCACCAAUGUCCAUAUAGAGCUAGAUUUAUUUAUUUAUGAAAAGUAAUAUUUCAGUUGUAAUAUCGAAUUGUUUAUUAUCCUAAAAUAUAUGGAGUAUGAAAAUGGAACUGGAGUUGUCUUCAAAUUAAAAUUUUACUUUGUAAUUUUUUGGAAAGGGCAAAGAAUUUUAAUAGAAAUUAAAUUUUAUUAAUAAUCAGUUAUAUUUUUUAAAUAUAUGGACUCUCUGAGGCAGGGCAUUUGAAUUACACUGUACAUUGUUUUGAAAAAAAAAUAUUGUAUAUUAUUAUUAUAAGAUUUAGCAGGCAGACUGUUAAUAUUAAAAAAUAAUUUACUAAUUUGAUGUACAUAAUAUUAAUUAAUUGUGUCUGCUUACUAAGCAUUUCUGUGCAUUGUUCAAACAUGUUAUAGUAAACACUGAAAGCAUGUUUCUGUUUAUGCUUUGUUAAUCUGAGUUAAUAAUGUCUCGCGUAUUAAAAUGUCUGGGUAUUUUCCACUUUUGUGUUAUAAAAUGUUAUUUUAGAGAACACAUUUUUCCAAAUGAAUGAGAAGCAUCUAAGAUCUGGUGUUACACAUACAUAUAUAUAUAUAUGAAAAUUUAUUCUAUAAAUUUUAAGGUUAAUUAGAAAUUAACAUUUAUGUGGAAUUGUUUGCUUAAUUGUAACCAUGGCCUAUUUGUAUGUAUCUUUUACAAUGAUAUAUAAUUAUGUUAGAAUGCUUAAAAGUUACUAGAUAAAAAAAUAUGACAAAUGAAUUCAGAGAGUGAUUUAAAUUUAAAAGCAUCUUAAAAUAUUUUACCUAAUAAUAUGUACUUUUAAUAAUGGUAUAAAACAAGUAAACUGUUUAUAAUGGAGAAGCAUUUUAACAUUAAUAUUUGGUAUUAUUCAGCUUGAGAUUGCCAUUAACUUCAGACAAGAAGACUCAGUUUGUUAGGAAAGACAGAUAACUUUGUAUUCAUUUUUAAGGAGUACAUCAUGAAUAAUGGGUUUUGGGAAAAGGAAACUACAAUUUGUUUCUUUGGAAAUGCUUUGAGAUUUUAUUUGUAUAACAUCAAAGAAACGUUAUAUUUAACACCAUUGUUAAAAGCAUAAGUUUUUUUUUUUUUAAACUUUGAUAAGAGUCUAAUGCAACUAUAAAUGCUUAUCUUCUUUAUAUGUGCAUAUAUGUUCACUUUCACACAUUGUAAGCUAAUGUUUUUGCAAAUUUUGUAGCUCUAAUUUUGUUUUAAAUAUUAGAACUUUUAUCUGAUGAAAUUUCUAAUGUUUGUCAUAUUUAUGAAAAAGACUUAUUCUAAAUACAUAUUGUAAUAACCAUAGGCGGGAUGGGAAUACUGGAGUAUUUUUAUAAAUUAUAUGUAAUAGUUAUUGAGCAUUCAUCAUCUAAUUAUUCAGCAUAAAAUAUGUAAAGAUUUUUAUGAAAUAAGUAUUUCUUUUUUUAUUUUAUUACUUAAAGACUUUGAUAAUUAAUCGGGGAAUUUUUUUUGUGAAUUAUGAUACUAAAUAUUCUAGUUGCCAAUAUACUUUAUGAUAUGAAAUUAUUUUUAAUCUAAUCUUUUUGGAUUAUUAUUAGAAAACAGGAAGCCCUAGUGUCAAGAGAGUUCAUUUUUCUCUUUUUAGUAUUUGCUAUUGUUGUAUUUUGAGCCAGUUUCAUAAUUUUCUUUGUUUUAGUUUGGAUUGAACAUGUUGAAAAAUAUUGCAAUAAUUUUAACAUAUACUUAGAUCUAAAAUAGUGUUACCAGAUGAUAAUUAGUGCCUCAGCUGUUACUUUUCUGUUAAUAAUUACUGUAAAAAUUUAUAUUACCAGAACAUCAUUUAUUGUUAAAUCUUGAAUUUAUAUAUGAAUUAUGUUUGAAAAUUGCCAGAAGCUGUACUAUUGCAUUUAUUCAUUGUAUUAAUAUUUAUAUUUAAAUUUAGAAAGGCAUACUUACUAAAUUAUGUGAAUUCAGUAUUCAUCUUUUAUACAGAUGAUGGUUAUAAGCAAAUAAUCUCCAGUCGACAGAUUUUUCUCACUGUUUCACCUGAUAGUUAAAAAAAAUAUCUCAUGAACUUCAAAUAUAUGUUAUUCAUUUCAUUGAAAGAUUUUUGUUUGUAUUUAAACAAAUUUGUCAAAAUGUGUCAAUAAUCCUUUAGUGUACAAUAUUUUUUUAAAUUUUAUUUUCAUCAUUGUUGGUGUAUGUGUGUACAGAAGAGUUUUGAUUUAUGUGGUGUCCAGGAACUCUGUAAUAUUUUUGACUAUAGGAAAAAAAUUCUGCUAUUUUAGUGUUAUGACACAGAGAGAGCAAAGCUAUAUAUUAUAUAUUUACAAACAAAUGUUUCAGAACAUGGUUGUUAAAAACCUGUUAAUGGGUUUGUGUACAAUGAGAUAAGACAUUGGAUGGUUCAUGUAUUUGCUUAGCUGUUUUAGAUAAUUAUAUAACCUUAAUUUAUUCAGGAAUCUGAGAAUUUGUUUUGCAGUUUUAUUGGAGACAAUUUCUCUCUUUUGGAAAGUAAGAAAAAGUUCAUUUUAAUGUGAACAUUGAUUUAAUAAAAGAAAACUUUAUAUAAAAUUUAAAAAAAAGUCAUGCUAAAGAUUGAAGACCAGAAAUUAUUUUAUGAUAUAGCAUAAUAAUAUGCAUGUUACUAUGUUAAACUCAUAGUAGUAUUUAGGUUCCCCCCCAAAAAAAAAUAUGUAUAUGUAACAAGUUUCCCAAAAUAAUGAAAUGAAUUUUAUCUGAAUUAUUAUACUUAUCGUUUUUAAAACAAAGAAAUUAUUUAAGUAUAGAUAUCAUUAUAUACCAUUGUAGAAUUUUAUUAAAUUAUAUAAUUUAUAGUUCAGAUUCUGAGAUAAUUCAUGUAGCAUUCAUUAUUAAAAAGUAUAUUUUGAUUUAUUUAUUGGUUUAAUUUAUUGGAAGCACCUAGGAUAUUUAUUAUAUAGAUUAAUUAUUGGAGUUACAUUAUACAUUAUAUUUUAAAUAUACUUGCAUAUUCUUUUUGCAUUUGCCUUGAUGGUCAGACUGACUCAAAUAAUUUAAUUAAUUUUAUUGCAAGUGAAAUUUCAACCUUAAUUAUAAUUUAUGUAUUUCAGUUUCUUCUUUAUAUAGUUCAGUUUUCAGUUAGUUACUUUUACUAAUUUUAAGAAUUCUAGAUAUUAGUUUCAAUAAAUCUUUAUAAUAUUUUUUACCAUUUUAAAAAUACCUAUUACGGAAAUUUAUAUCGCAUAAAUAUAAAUGUUCAUUAUCUGUGUAUUUUACAUCUAGUAUAUUGAAAGAAACUUUUUUUUUUCCUGUAUAACAUGUGAAAAUAAUCCAAACUGUUCUUUAAAGUAACAAUCUCUUAACAUUUAAAGAUAAUAAGACAAUACAUACUUUUUAUCAGGACAAUCAGGCAAGGUCCAUCUUCUUCAGGAGAAGAAUUUGCUCCUGAUGAAGAGGUACCUAUGCCUGAUUGCCCUCGGAAUCGAUAGAGUUUUGAUUAAAAUCUACGCCUUGCCUACGGUUGCUGUUUUGUUCAAAUUUAAGUAUUAAUUAUCAUUUUGUAUAUUUGAUACUCCUGAGUAAUUACUUCCAAAUUUUUUUAUUACCCUUUGCUCUGAUUAUCAUUGAUCAUAGGUAAUUUUCUUCCACUAUUUUGUAUUUUUUUUUUCACUUUCAUCUCUUCACAAACUGACAUAAAAAAUAUUUAAAUUAUAGUGUUUAUUUUAUUUUAUUUUAUUUUAUUUUGCUUUUUUAAUUAUUGAUUGAGAUAGACAUGAAUUUAAAUUAAAUUAAUCAUUCUGAAAAAUUUGGUCUUUAUUUGGUGUAUAUUUGUGUGUGUGGGUAGUAUUACAAAUUUUUAUUUUAAAACAAAAUUAUUUCCACACAGAAUGCUGCUAAAAAUUAAUCCGUAUAGGCAAAAAGUAAGAAAUUUAGAACCAAUU